UCAAGUUCGAUGAUAAGAGUUGGAGAGCUUGAAAUUUGAUACAUUUUGUCCCUAUUUCACAUUCUCAGCCUGAAAAUUAAAAUUAUCUCAUUUCUGAGCAAAAUGGAAUCUGUUAAAACCUACUCAUUUAACAUCCCAACUUCACUAACAAAAACCAAAUUCCUCAAACCCAACUCGUUAAAUUUCCCGUUCAACUCAUUACCAACUUCAAACUUUCACAAAAAUGCAUCAACAUUCAAACUUUUCACCACUCUAUCAUCAUCAUCAUCGCCGUCUUCUGCCACAACAGAGUCAAUUGAGCCACCGGAGGCAGAGGUAGAAUCCGAUGAGCAGGGAGAUAAAUUUGAUUGGUAUUCGGAAUGGUACCCAGUAAUGCCAGUUUGUGACUUGGACAAAAGGGUGCCACGUGGGAAGAAAAUAUUGGGUAUUGAUGUGGUGGUGUGGUGGGAUAAGAAUGAGAAUUCGUGGAAAGUGUUUGAUGAUGCUUGUCCUCACAGAUUGGCACCCUUGUCUGAAGGCAGGAUUGAUAAGUGGGGAAGGCUGCAGUGCGUGUAUCAUGGCUGGUGUUUUAAUGGCUCCGGUGACUGCAAAUUCAUACCUCAGGCACCACCUGAUGGACCUCCGGUACACACAUCCAAGAGAGCAUGUGUAGUAGCUUAUCCUACCACAGUGCAUCAUGAUAUUGUUUGGUUUUGGCCUAAUGCUGAUCCUCAAUACAAAGAUAUACUUAUGAAAAAGAAACCCCCUUUCAUCUCAGAAUUGGAUGAUCCGUCAUAUACGACAUCAAUGGGAAAUAGAGAUAUUCCCUACGGGUAUGACAUUCUGACUGAAAAUCUCAUGGAUCCUGCUCAUGUCCCCUAUGCACAUUAUGGAUUAAUGCAAACCCGGCAAGUGAAAGAGAAGGCUGAUAGAGAAGGUGGUAGACCACUGGAUAUGAGUGUCAAGAAACUUGACAAAAAUGGUUUUCUCGGAAAACAGGACUGGGGCAGCAGCAAAUUUAUAGCACCAUUGAUAUUUUAUGCUUAUACUGAUAGUACGGCGGAACAAGAGAAUGGAGCUGUUUCAUCCUCUAAAACCAAAAGGAAUAUGGCUUUAAUUUUUAUUUGCAUCCCCGUUAGUCCUGGCAAUAGCAGAUUGAUUUGGGCGUUUCCAAGAAAUUUUGGAGUUUGGAUUGACAAAAUAGUACCAAGAUGGAUGUUUCACGUGGGACAAAAUCUAAUUCUGGAUUCAGAUCUUUAUCUUCUUCAUUUAGAGGAGCGGAAAAUCAUGAAGGCUGGCCCUGCCAAUUGGCAAAAGGCUUGUUUUGUGCCAACCAAGUCGGAUGCUCUGGUAGUCGGUUUCAGGAGAUGGUUGAACAAGUAUGCCGGUGGUCAAGUUGAUUGGAGAGGCAAGUACAAUGGCGAACUUCCUCCUAUUCCGCCUAGAGAACAACUGAUGGACAGGUACUGGUCUCAUGUGGUGAACUGUAGCAGUUGCAAUGCUGCAUAUAAAGGGCUGAAUGCUCUUGAGUUCAGUCUGCAAAUGGCUUCUCUGGUUUCAAUCGGAAUCGUAGCUGCAGUUAAACAAAGCGUUAUGUCGGUAGCUGCCAGAACUGCAUUGAUCACAUUAGCAGUAGCAUGUUUUUUAGCUUCCAGAUUGCUCGCUCGCUUCAUCUACAAGAACUUUCAUUACCAUGACUAUAAUCAUGCAUUUCGGUGAGACGUCUUUGCUUUCUGUUUAGCAGCAAGUAUUUGACAUUAUACAGUAUAGAUAUAUGAUACAAUCAUUUUAUGUACAUCUCAAUGUUGGCAAAUAAUUAGAUGUUGCUGUUAAUAUA